GGCAGCAGUAGCUAGGCUAACAGCCUAACAGGCUGGUUAAAGGGACAGUUAACUCACCAGCGGCCGAUAAAUAUUUAAAAAUCUCUCCCGUCAAAAAUCAAACGUUACAGCCGGUGUCUGACUCACGACCCGCGGUCACCGCUUUACCGUCUUUCGGCGCUGGAGAGCUCGCAUGGCGGCAGCGGAGUCCGACUGACGAGGCUAAUGCUAGAUGUGGUGGCUAGCCCGCUAACCAGUCACCAGACCGACGCGUUACACAAAUAUUAGUAAAAGUCUUCAUGUGCUCGGUCAGCAGGGAGCUGGCUCCUCGGUGUCUGCAGCUGGAAUGGAUGUGAGUUAACGGCUGGACUGGGACGGUCUGACCCGGAACUGUGGCUCUCUUGACGGAGUCUGGGUGUCGAGUUGACCCCCCCCCCAGCAGCAGCAGCAGCAGCAGCAGCAGCAGCCCGGUGCUCUAAGACCGGGGCACGGCGGAGCUGCACGCCGCCGGUCAGGCCCGGACUCUGGGAUGAAAUGCAGCGGAGCGCAGGGCCCGUUAACCCGAGCUAAGCAGCAGGAUGGAUGUGUGCAGUAGGAACCCGAACCGCACGGCGCCGGUUGGUGAGGAUGGCCCACAACGAGUCGACGUGCCGCUCUGCUCUCGGACCAACGGCUGGACCUGGCCUCCUCAUCCCUUCCAGCUGUUGGCCUGGCUGCUCUACGUCUACUUCGCUGUCACAGGCUUCGGCGUGUUCGUCCCCCUGCUGCCGCCUCACUGGAUCCCUGCAGGCUACAUCUGUACGGGCAUCACGUUCGUGUGUCACCUGUGCGUCCACCUGAUGGCGGUGUCCAUCAACCCGGCCGACUACAACGUCAGGACCAAGACCAGCAGAGGUCCAGUCCCUGUGUUUGACCGCUCCAAACACGCACACGUCAUCGAGAACUGCCACUGCUACCUCUGCCAGGUUGACGUAGGACCGAAAUCGAAGCACUGCAGUGCUUGUAACAAGUGUGUAGCUAACUUCGACCAUCACUGUCGGUGGCUCAACAACUGUGUGGGCAGCAGGAACUACAAGUUGUUCCUCCACAGUGUGGUCUCGGCUCUGUUGGGGGUCUGUCUGGUUCUGGUCGUAUCCUCGUACGUCUUCAUUGAGUUCUUUCUGGACCCGUCCAAACUGCGCACUGACAAACACUUCCUGGUGAGGAAUGAGACAGGUUUGUGGUUCGUCUUCUUACCUGUGGCUCCGGUCAGAUCAGCAGCAGCUGUGAUUCCUGGUCUUGCUGCCGUCACCAUCGCUCUGGGUCUGCUGUCAUCAGUGCUGCUCUGUCACCUGCUCUGCUUCCACAUCUACCUGAUGUGGAACAGACUCAGUACCUAUGAGUACAUCGUGCGACAGCGUCAUCGUCAUGACAACAGGAACUCCAGGAAACCAGGACCAGUGAAGGAGACAGCAGCUCCUUCAGUCGUCAAGGAUGUGGACUACUCAGGGACUCUGGGCUACACCAACCCUCAGCUGGACGUGGAGGAUCCUACUACUGUGUCUGUGCAGGGGGAGGCAGAGUUCCUGGCUAACGGCAGAGUGAGGACUGUGUCCAGUCCUGUUGUUGAGGAAGAAGUUCCACCCACCAUCGCUGCAGAGCUGAAAGCAGCACACACACACCGACGCACACAGAAAAAGAGGAAGAAAGUUCAUAAAGUUCCAGCAGAGGUGACGAGAGAGCGCUGCCCGAGUACAGCCCCGCCCCCAGAGCCCAGCAGUCUGUCCUCUGUGUCUCUGGGUCAGCGACUUCCUUUCCCAGCAUUCCCUCUGAGGGUCUCCCUGCCCCCUCUGGCCCUCCCCUCGGGACCGGUCCAGGCCGCCGCCCCCCCAGCUGAGUACCACUCGGACUCUGCCGAGUCUCUGGAGGAGAUCCCGGUGGCGUUGGCCAAGCUGGGCUCUUCGUCCUCAGCUGCUGCCGGAGACGCCUCCUCAUCCUCGCACAGAGCGGUGCCAGCGUUCCCCCUCCCCUCCCCCCAUCCCAGGACUAAGAGGAAGGCCCCCCCCACCCGUGCUAAUAAGAGUGCAGCAGAGCUGAGGUUUGAGAUGGCGUCCAUCCAGCCUCCCACCGUGUUUGUCAGCCGGGCCAGCGGAGAGGAAGUCCUCAGUCUGGGCAGGAGGCAGGCCGGCUCCAGACCCGGGUCUCGUGCGUCGCUGGGCUCAGGUGCAGCCUCGUGGAUGGAGCGAUAACAUGAGACUCUUUUGUCUUUCUAUAGAAACGCACAACUGUCUUUAUUUCACUCACUUAUAUUUCGAAAUGUUUUUUAAUUCCGACUUUUACUUUUUAAAUCUGAUGCCAAAGGUGACAUCCUGUCUGUGCACAACCUUUAUACUUGAGGACGUGUGUUACCUGAACCACAUCAGCUGUUCAUUGUGUUAGUGGAUGUUUGACUCUCUGCCCCCUCGCCCACACACACACACACACACACACACACACACACACACACACACACACACACACACAGGAUGCCAGUGCUAAUGCUAACACCCUGGUCAGAUCUGUGGAGCUCCACAAGAACCAAUAUUAAAUCAAUCAAUGAAUAAAUACAGAAACAAACAUCAGAGAUUAAACUUUGAAUUUAAUCAUUAAAUUAUU